UCGAAGUCAUCAUCAAUCAUCACGGAGACAUGAUUCACGUCAUAGCAGAUCUCCUUCAAGACAUGAUCGCUCAUCUCCUGAUCGACGAAAAACAUCAACUUCAAGGCGUCGUAGUCGUAGUCGGGAGGCAUAUGUUGAUAGAAAAGAUGAACGUCGAUAUUCCUCAGGUCGAUAUUACGACGAUCGUCGGUAUUCUAUACCUGAAAAAAGGGAAGAGAGGCGAGAUUCUAAUUUACCUGAACGAAGAGAAAGUAGACGAGAUUCUAAUUUAUCUGAUAGGAGAGGUGACAGGAGAAAUUCCGAUAUAUCAGAAAGGAGAGAUGAUAGACGUGAAUCAAAGAGUGAAAGACGGGAUGAUCGCCGUGAGUCAUACAGUUCACGCUACGAAAAGCCUGGAUCUAUUAAUGAAAGGAGAGAUCCUAAACAUGAUUCGAUGGAUGAUCGGAAAGAAAAUAAUUCUUUGUCUAAUGAACGAUUUGAUUACGAAGAAUGUAAAAAUAAUUCUCGAACGAGAUCACCGGCAAUAAAUCACGAGAAUGGCAAAUCAGAAUACCCUAGCCCCAACCACAAUAUUGACACAGAUAUUACAGAUGAUAGGGUUAGUCCUCCAGCGUUUGCUGAACAACUUUCAGAAGAUAUUGACCGCCGAACGCGAUCUCGUUCUCCCAAACCAAUAUUAGCUCCGGAAGAUUUAGUGCCUGAUGACGUGUAUGAUGAUGACAAUGAUAAC